GAAGAAGUGACGUCAGAACGGAGGCUGGACUGUCAUGGCGGCCAUCGGGAGGCUAAUAAACAGAAACACUUUAAACCUAGCAAUGGGUCAGCAGUAUGUGGCGUUCAGCUCCGCUGCAAAAGGCAGAACAGCUGGCGUAAGAACAGGUCGUGCUCUUCCACAGAAGGUGAAAAUAGUGGAGGUGGGACCCAGAGAUGGCCUUCAGAAUGAGAAGACCAUCGUACCAACAGAGACAAAAAUUCAUUUGAUUGACCUGUUGUCAGAGUCCGGGCUGCCAGUGAUUGAGGCCACCAGCUUUGUGUCCCCAAAAUGGGUUCCACAGAUGGCGGACCAGGUGGAGGUUAUGAAGGGGAUCUGUAGAAAACCUGGUGUGUCUUAUCCAGUCCUUACCCCAAACCUCAAAGGUUUCCAGGCUGCUGUGAAGGCAGGAGCUUCAGAGGUAGCCAUAUUCGGCGCUGCAUCUGAGCUUUUCAGUAAGAAGAACAUAAACUGCUCUGUGGAUGAGAGUUUACAGCGCUUUGAUGAGGUUAUGAAAGCAGCUAAAGAGGCUGGUGUGCCAGUUAGAGGAUACGUGUCUUGUGUUCUUGGAUGUCCGUACGAAGGCAAAGUAGCCCCUGAAAAAGUUGCACAUGUAGCGAAGCGUCUGUACUCGAUGGGCUGUUAUGAGAUCUCCCUGGGUGACACCAUCGGGGUGGGGACUCCAGGUAGCAUGACUGAAAUGUUGGAGGUGGUGAGCAGAGAGGUGCCAGUCAGUGCCCUGGCAGUGCACUGCCAUGAUACCUAUGGUCAAGCCCUGGCAAACAUCCUUGUAGCCUUACAGAUGGGAAUCAGUGUGGUAGACUCAUCAGUAGCUGGACUGGGUGGCUGUCCCUAUGCCCAGGGGGCUUCUGGGAAUGUUGCUACUGAAGAUGUAGUGUAUAUGUUACAUGGACUUGGGAUUCAAACAGGAGUGGACCUCUCCAAGCUGAUGAACGCUGGAUCUUUCAUCUGUCGAAGUCUCAACAGAAAGACCAGCUCCAAAGUGGCACAGGCCACCUGCAAACUGUAGACAAAAACCAGCAGCACAGCAGUGUAACAAUGUAACCCUGGAGCCAUCAUCCUCUGUAUGUUCAGUUCUCUCUAUUCCAAGUUUGAUUUGGUUUGUCAUCCACUGGUAUGAGAAUAUUAUUUUAAUAUCUGAACAGUACUGACCCCACUCUCUGUUUAAAAAUAAAUAAUUGAUUAGGUAGUCAUUACAUUAUAGCAUAGCUGGAACAGUGCCUUAUGUAAAGUCAGUCUAAUCAUAUAGAAUCUACCCAUCAGAAGCCAUGCCUUGUUUCUUUCUUUUUUUGAAAUAUUGUGCUUAUAUUACUUUUGGGUCAGGGAGUAAGCAAAAGUGAAGCACAAAUCUUGUAUAUAAUAAGAAAUGAACCAGUAAUAAUGUCUAAGGGGAGGAAUCCUGUGUAUGCUGUGAUCACUGUCUUCAAAUGAAUGAUCUAUUUAGGGAGCACCUGUGGAAACAAUCACUUCUCAUGAAUUUGGGCAUUGUACUGGUAUGUGGAGAAAUGUGAACGUGCCGAACUCCACAGAUUUCAACAACUGAUUUUUUUUUAACAUGUAAAUGAUUCCUAGUUUUACUUUAAUAUGUUUAAGUAUUUAUUUUAGCCUGUACAUAUCAAUUACAAAUACAAUUAGAUUUUGAGUAAAAAAUAAACACUAUUAAUAAAUUAAA